AUGAGCAGAAGCAAGGAACAGGAGCCGUUGCAUCCACUUGCUCCUGACAUCGAGAUUAAUUCCGACGAAUUACUAAACCCUGAAGACGAUCACGAAAGUGAUUCCGACGAAGAUGAGAAUGAUGACCGAGCAAGCUUUCUAAACGAUGAUUUUAAUAUCGAUGACGAUCAAGAAUAUCAAGAAAUUAUGGAUCCAAUAACCUUGCCUUUUGAAACUAGAGAAACGGUUUCGGUACCCCAAACUUCGAAUAGAAUCAAAAUAAUCGAAACCCGAGAUAACUUAUUAAAUUCGCACGAUAAUCAUGUAAUAUUUAUUUUAAUGAACGGAGAACCGUUCGACAACGGUGCUUUAGAAUAUCAGAAGAAUAACCUAUUGCCCAAUUAUCAAAAUCUUGCUUAUGAGAGAGCAAACGUUAGACACAGAAACAGGCAUCAUGUAUUAAUAUCUAUCCCCAUAAAAUUCAAUCAUAGGACUCUUGUGGAACCUCAAACUUUAGAUAACUGUUUGCAAUCACUGGUAGACGUAAUAACUGAAUUGGGUCUUCCAUCUAUCAGCAUUAGUAAAACCGAACGUUUUGAUGAUAUCCCUUGGCGUCAUAUAAUUAAAAGAAUUUGUGAAUAUUUACGAGAUAAUCAUAUUUUGGUUACAGUAUGUGAAAAUUUGAUACAAGCGCCUAUCCCUCAGGAACGUGAAGCGCUCAUAACGGAAAAUCACUCUUCUGCAUUAGGAGGUCAUAAAGGCGUAACGAAAACGUACAACAGACUAAGAGCUAAUUAUUAUUGGAAUACAAUGAAGAAAGAUAUUCAAGAAUUUAUUCGUAAAUGUCGACAGUGCCAGAUUAAAAAGUUAACCAGAGUAAAAACUAAACAGCCGAUGAUAAUUACGGAUACACCCGGCACUGCUUUUGAUAAAAUAUCUUUGGAUAUAAUGGGACCCUUACCAAUCACUAAUAAAGGAAAUAGAUAUUUGCUUACCAUUCAAGAUUUAUUGACAAAAUACUCUGUAGCAGUCCCGCUAAAAGAAGCAAAUUCGUUAGCAAUAGCAGACUUUUUUGAAAAGAUUUAUCUGUAUAUACGGAUCGCCUAG